UGACCAGAAGGUGGAUAUCUGCAUCUGUGAUAAAUUGCUUUCUGGGGUGCAUGGGUGUAAUGUCGGGGUUUAUCCGGAAGUACGCGUUUCAGUCAGGUGACAGGAAACAGUAGGGCAACAUGGCGGAGGAGGAACAACAAGAAGAAGGGAUGUCUCAAAAAGAGGUUGAUGGGUUGAAUUGUCUUGCAUAUGAUGAGGCCAUAAUUGCACAACAGGAUAGGAUUCAACAAGAGAUUGCCACCAGCAUUCCACUUGUAUCAGACUGCCAGGACCUAGCUAUACUAAAGAAAGAAUAUGCUGAAGAUGACACCAUAUAUCAGCAAAAGAUACGGGAUUUGCAAAGGAAGUACUCAUUUAUACGUAAGACCCGGCCAGAUGGGAACUGCUUCUAUAGAGCCUUUGGGUUCUCAUAUCUGGAGUCUUUGCUGGAUGAUAGCAAAGAACUGCACAGGUUCAAAGCCAUUGCUGCCAAAAGUAAAAUGGACCUAGUGAGCCAAGGCUUCACCGAGUUCACCAUAGAAGACUUUCACAAUACAUUCAUGGACCUGAUCGAGGUUUGCGACAAGCAGCCGCCGGUGGGCGAGCUGCUCAGCUCCUUCAACGAGCAGAGCGUGUCUGACUACCUGGUGGUGUACCUGCGGCUGGUUACUUCUGGCUUUCUGCAGAGAGAGGAGGACUUCUUCCAGCACUUUAUAGAGGGCGCCCACACUGUCCGGGAGUUCUGCCAGCAGGAGGUGGAGCCCAUGUCCAAAGAGAGUGACCACAUCCACAUCAUAGCUCUAGCCCAGGCACUUAACGUGUGCAUCCUGGUGGAGUACAUGGACCGUGGAGAGGGAGGGACAGUCAACCACCACGUCUUCCCCGAGGAUGGGGAGCCCAAGGUAUUCCUCCUCUACCGGCCGGGCCACUACGACAUCCUGUACAAGUAGGUGCUCAGGACGCACAGCUGACCGAGGAUCCUGGCAGUGUUGGUGCCUCUGUUCAACUUGACUUUGUUAAUGCUGUGAAAUGUGAAUUUGGGAGCCCAGCACUUGACCUCACCGUCUUCUCUCAGCACCCCAAAGACAGUCAUAAAGAUUCUGUGACUUCAGACACUGGACAUAUGUACAGUUCCUUCUUUGUUUUUUUGUUUUUUUGUAUAGCUCUAAACCCCUCGCUUAUUUAGUUAUCAUUUAUUGGGUUGUUCUGUUUAAAUACUGUGCUUUAUUAGAGAAUGUGUGUCCGUUGUCGUGUUUGAGUGUAAGAAUAAACAUUUUGCAAUAGGCA